GGAGGGGACCGGCUGCCGCGGCGAGAGCGCGCCCAGCCCGCCGUGAUGCCCGCGUGCCCCGGACGCCUCCUCCCGCCGCGGCCCCGGGCCCUGGCCCCCGCCGCGCCGCCGCUGCCGCUGCUGCUGCUGGUGCUGCUGCUGGGAGCCGGCGGCGGCGGCGGCGGCGGGCACUGGGGCGUCCGGGCCCAGGAGCCGGGGGCGGCGGCGGCCGGGCCCCCGGCGGCCGAGGGCGAGGACGGGCAGGACCCGCACGCCAAGCACCUGUACACGGCCGACAUGUUCACGCACGGCAUCCAGAGCGCCGCGCACUUCGUCAUGUUCUUCGCGCCCUGGUGCGGACACUGCCAGCGGCUGCAGCCCACCUGGAACGACCUGGGAGACAAGUACAACAGCAUGGAGGACGCCAGGGUCUACGUGGCCAAGGUGGACUGCACGGCCCACUCGGAGCUGUGCUCCGCCCAGGGCGUGCGCGGGUACCCCACUUUGAAGCUUUUCAAGCCUGGCCAAGAAGCUGUGAAGUACCAGGGUCCCCGGGACUUCAAAACGCUGGAAAACUGGAUGCUGCAGACGCUGGAUGAGGCGCCCCCGACCUCAGAGCCAGAAGCGGAGCCGCCUCGAGCCCCCGAGCUCAAGCAGGGGCUGUACGAGCUCUCGGCCAGCAACUUUGAGCUGCAUGUGGCGCAAGGAGACCACUUUAUCAAGUUCUUCGCCCCGUGGUGUGGUCACUGCAAAGCUCUGGCUCCGACCUGGGAGCAGCUGGCUCUGGGCCUUGAACAUUCCGCCACUGUCAAGAUUGGCAAGGUGGACUGCACGCAGCACUACGAACUCUGUUCUGGAAACCAGGUCCGAGGGUACCCGACUCUGCUCUGGUUCCGAGACGGUAAAAAGGUGGAUCAGUACAAGGGGAAGCGGGACCUGGACUCGCUGAGGGAGUACGUGCAGGCCCAGCUGCAGAGCGCGGGGCCGGGCACCCCCGAGACCGCCCAGCCCUCGGAGGCCCCGGCGCCGGCCACCGAGCCCGCGGCCGAGCAGGGCGCCGUGUUGGCACUGACGGAAGACAACUUCGAUGACACGGUAGCGGAAGGCGUGACCUUCAUCAAGUUCUACGCCCCCUGGUGUGGUCACUGUAAGAACCUGGCCCCCAUCUGGGAGCAGCUCUCCAGAAAGGAAUUCCCGGGCCUGGCGGGCGUCAAGAUCGCCGAGGUGGACUGCACUGCCGAGCGGGAUCUUUGCAGCAAGUACUCGGUACGCGGCUAUCCCACGCUGUUGCUUUUCCGGGGAGGCAAGAAAGUCGGCGAGCACAGUGGAGGCCGAGACCUGGACUCCUUGCACCGCUUUGUUCUGCGCCAGGCGAAGGACGAACUGUGAAGCCCGCCGGACGCGCUCCCCCUCGGGCGGACGCUGCCCCUUUGGGGGCGCUGGUGAUCCAGAGGCACGCGUGUCCCAGACUCUGCUCUGCCCUCCGUGCGUGCGUUUCAAGCCAACACGCUCUACUCCUCCGUUUCUCUAAGUAAACACGCAACUCGUGAUCCCUUUGCAAACCGAAUAUUUUCAGUGGCGACCCUGACACCCUUCCCCCCCCCGGCCUUCUGGUGGUGAGGUCUGCACGCGCUCCUGAGCCUGAGCCAGACUCUCUCUGGCUCCUGCGUGAUGUAGAGGAACGCAUCGUCCAAAGCUUAGCUUGUGAGCCACCCCCGAGUUCUGGAAAGGUGGCCUCGGGGCAGCCUUGGCGUUGCGCUGACGGCAGGUCACGGAGGCUGGCCUCUAGCUUCAAGCAGCUUUGAAAACACCAUUCCCCCCACCCCCUGCCCCGAGAAGCGGCUUUCCAGCCCGCCUGGAAGUCCGGUUUCUGUUGCUACCUCCCCCGUGCAGCGGGGUGGACGCCGUGGCACGCUCGACCCGUGCCUGAGUGAGACGACACUGGCGCUGUCGUCCCGUGUGCCUGUACUUGACAGAUCACUUGUCUCUGCUCCCGGGAGGCGUCUGUCUCCCCCGAGGGAGCGAUUUCAUUAACAGGAAGCCAGAGUCCACGGGAACUUUUAAGAGUUGCUGUCUCCCCUGGAAACUGUGGAAAGUUCCACACGGCUCGUCCUGCCCGUCCUGUUAACUCCCAGGAAGAGUCUGGUCAUCUUGCCCCCUGGGGCGAGAGAAGAGGUGAGCGUGCCCAGGCCUGGGGACCAGGGACCGAGGAAACCCCACAGCCCUGCUAGGGAGCCCGAACCAGGAGAAGCUUCAGCCUCAGCAGUCCUAUUUUUCCUUUCUUUCCCAUUUCAUGGCCGCAUUCGUGGCAUAUGGAAGUUCCCGAGCCAGGGAAUCGAAUUCGAGCCGUCGCUGCAACCUAUGCAGCAAUGCUGGAUCCUUAAACCCACAGAGCCGGGGAUCGAACCCACACCACUGUGGCAACCGGUGCCACUGCAGUCAGAGUCUUAACCCACUGCGCCACAGCAGGAACUCCAGCAGUCCUUUUAGAGGCAGCAUCCUCCACUUUGCCUUCAAGGAGGGCAAGCCUUCUGCUGGAGGAAGAGUGGGAUUAACUUGACCUCAAGACCAAAGACCGAGGGGGGCAGGGCCACGUCAACCAUCCUUAGAAUUCGCGCCAUCCUGCUUAGGAAGCUUUUCCCCCACCACCCCUGGCAGUCAGCAGCCGUAGGACGAGGCUCCCGUAAGGUACGUACCUGCAGGCCCUCUGCUCUCCGGUCGCUCCCUGUAACGACCCCUCUGUGUCCAGGGCUCCGGAGCCCGCCGCCCACGCUCGGGGAUGUCACUGGGCACAAAGCAAGUGGCAGUAAGAGCCUUAGAAAUAAGACCACGUCUGCCGUCUGUGGCAGAUGACACAGCAGGACUUUGGUCAGCCUCUGCCUUAAAGGAAAUCUUUAUUAAUCAUGUAUGGUUCACAGAUGUUCUUCAAGAAAAAAACAAAACAAAAAC